UUAAAUUAAAAAAAAACAUUGAACGAUAAAUUUUUAAUACCGAUACGCCCCUGUAUACAACCUUUUUGUGAGGGAUGUGUGAUAGUGCCAAGGAUAUGCACCUGAGAUGGUCGACCACCCCACCCCCUUCUCAAAGAAUAAUACAUUAAGCUUUUAAACUAAGACAUCAAAAUACCUAAAAAUCAUACUACCGAGUACCGACACAGCAUGGCAGACUAARCCUGUUUUAUUAGACAGCCUGGGCUGUUGACUGGGCUCUUGUUGUACAUGCCACGUUACUUCACAUAGACACCUUGGUGAAUUAAUGGGAGAGCCCCAUUGACUAUGGAACUUAGUACAAAACCAACCAAAAUUUCCUUUUUCUUUUCCCCUGAUCCCCAAAAGCAAAAUGGCAUCCUCCCUCCCAAGUCCCAACUUCUCCAAAGUCCAAACCAUAUUCUUUAAUCUUUACGGCCGCUAGAUGUGCUAGUGCAUAGCGGUUCGGUCUUUUUCUGUGUCCAGUCCAAUUAAAAUCCACUAAACACAUUACGCGCUCUUUCUGUUUCUGUUAUCCCCUGUGGCCUUGCUCCUCAAUAAACCCAUGCAAUGCAAUUGGUGAUCCAGACCAGAUAUAGUAGUUGUAGUAGUACGUCUAAUCAUAACUUCUUAUUCAACUCCUCCAUUAAUACCAAGAAAAAGAAGAAACAACAGCAACAUCGAAGGAACACUCACUAUACCUCCGACACCACUCUCUCUUUUCCGAAAUCAAAUCCAACUCCCCUCCUCAUAAAUCCAACUCCCCAUCUACAAACAAAACACCAAGCGCUCGAGGCCGUUGUCAGCGACCUUGAAACCACAGUAGAAAAGGGCAUCAAAGUCGAACCCCAGAUUUUCUCCUCCCUCCUUGAGACAUGUUUCCAUAUGCGCGCAAUCGACCACGGCAUCCGAAUUCACCGUCUCAUCCCCCCGACCCUCCUCCGCAAGAGUACCGGCUUGUCGUCGAAGCUCCUUCGGCUGUAUGCUUCGUGUGGAUACGUCGACAAGGCUCAUCAGCUCUUCGAUCAAAUGCCAAGGCGAGACGCGUCUGCGUUCGCUUGGAACUCCCUCAUCUCCGGGUAUGCUGAACUGGGUCUUUGUGAAGAUGCAAUGGCACUUUAUCUACAAAUGGUGGAGGAGGGUGUCCAGCCUGAUCGGUUCACCUUCCCACGCGUUGUGAAAGCGUGUGCUGGUCUUGGGUCGAUUCGACUUGGGGAGGAAAUCCACCGCCACAUUGUUCGUUCGGGAUUCUUCGCCGCUGAUGUAUUUGUGCUUAACGCCCUCGUCGACAUGUAUGCCAAAUGCGGUGACAUUGUAAAAUCUCGGAAGGUGUUUGACAGGAUUGCUGAUAAAGACUUGGUUUCAUGGAACUCGAUGUUGACGGGUUACAUCCGUCACGACCUUUUGGUCGAGGCAUUGGACAUUUUCCGGGGGAUGCUUCGUGCCGGUUUUGAGCCGGAUUGCAUUGCCAUAUCCUCGAUUCUCGCAGGGUUUUCGUCGUCUAAACUUGGAGUUGAGAUUCAUGGGUGGGUUCUGCGCCACGGGCUUGGGCAGAAUUUAUCCAUUUCCAAUUCUUUGAUUGGUAUGUACUCAGAAUUUGGCAAGUCGGACAGAGCACGCCGGGUGUUUGAGCAAAUGUUGGAGAGGGAUGUUGUAUCAUGGAAUUCCAUAAUCUCAGGCCAUCGCAAAGAUCCACGGGCGCUAAUAUAUUUCCAGCGGAUGGAGAACUAUGGUGUUUUACCAGAUGGUGUCACAUUUGUCUCGUUACUAUCAGCGUGUGCUCAUUUGGGUUUAGUAGAGGAAGGGAAACAACUGUUUUCCAAGAUGAAACGGGAAUAUGGAAUAUCAGCAACCAUGGAACACAAUGCAUGCAUGGUGAACCUCUUCGGAAGGGCAGGGUUAAUCGAUGAAGCUUAUGAAAUGAUAACGAAGAGGAUGGAAUUAGAGGCUGGUCCUACUGUUUGGGGAGCUCUACUAUUUGCUUGCUCCGUUCAUGGGAAUGUGGAUGUGGGAGAGAAGGCUGGAGAAAGGCUCUUUGAGUUGGAGCCUGAUAAUGCUCAUAACUUUGAGCUUAUGAUGAAGAUCUAUAAGAAUGCAGGUAGGCUGGAGGAAGUAGAGAGGGUGAGAAGAUUAAUGAUGGAUAGAGGAUUGGAUUAAUGGUUUCAACUUUGAAACGAGGAUCUUGGUUUGGUCUCCAACUCCAAGCACUGUCCAUUUGUUUCUUGGAUGGUAGAUAGAUUGGACUAGGACAUAACCAAGGACCAAGGUAAACGUUGCUCCAGCACUACCUACCAGUGAAAGUUGAGCUGCUUCUGGAUGCAGGACACAUCUACAACAACAAUCUUCGUUACAGCACUGAAAUCUCUAUCUACUUCCAAAUGUGGAUGGUUUUCGUGGUGUUUAUUGUUCUUUCACAAAAAAAAAAAAUGUCGAUGCGGGUUGCUACCAUAAAUUACAAAAUGAACCAAUGAAGGACGGUUGGUAUAUAUGGGCACCACCUAAGACUAAGAGUGUCUACGUUAAGUUUGCAUGAUCAAUGAUUUCCAUUUCUAAACAUCUGGUCUGUGCUUUAUUUUCC